UAGCUGGUCCCUUUGUGAAGAGUUCAGAUUAGCUUCUUGUGAAGUCCUCACUAAUUAAAAUUAGAUGGGUCUCUUGACACAUAAUCAGCUUGCAUUCAUUUUUGGUCUCUUAGGCAACAUUAUAUCGUUUAUGGUAUUUUUGGCGCCGGUGCCAACAUUUUAUACAAUUUACAAGAAGAAAACAUCAGAGGGUUUCCAUUCAAUACCAUACAUAGUUGCACUAAUGAGUGCAAUGUUGCUUUUAUAUUAUGGUCUUCUCAAGCCAAAUGGAAUCUUGAUUGUUAGCAUCAACGCCAUUGGAUGUUUCAUUGAACUUUCUUACAUUUUCUUCUACCUAUUUUAUGCACCUCACAAAGAGAAGAUACUCACGAUCAAGAUACUUGUGUUGAACAUUGCAAUCUACGGGUUGAUGAUGUUAAUCACAAUGUUUGUAGUAAAGGGUGACAGUCGAAUCACUACCGUUGGAUGGAUAUGUGCUGCUUUCAGUGUUGCUGUAUUCGCUGCACCAUUAAGCAUUAUGAGAAGGGUGAUAAAGACUAGAAGUGUAGAAUAUAUGCCAUUCACAUUAUCAUUUUUCCUCACACUAUGUGCUACCAUGUGGUUCUUUUAUGGACUCCUAGUAGAAGAUAUGUUCAUCGCACUACCAAAUGUAUUGGGAUUUCUAUUUGGAAUUGUUCAAAUGGUGCUAUAUAAUCUAUACAAGAAUGCAAAGAAAGAUAAUGGUAAUGAAUUUAAGCCACAGAAAGAUGAAGGAACUAUAGAAGUGAAACUCAUAAAGAUGGGUACUGAUCAUGAAAAUGAUAAGUAUAAUAAAGAGAUAAAGAAGGCUGCUGUAUAUGAUAUUAAGCCUUCCGAUCAUUCAAAUGAAAAAAAUGUUUGAGAUGUCAAGAUUUUCUACAUGAAGAAGAUGAAGGAUAUAAUGCUUUCUAUUGAAGAUCAAGAAAUCAAAAGUGGUUCAAGUAUAUUGAUUAUGUUUAGUUGCUUUUUUUUAUCUAUUUUCUAUUUGAGUUUGGGAACAACUUAUUACUUACUUAUGCAAUGGAAUGGAAUAAAUAACUAAAUUAAAGCCAAUAUAUGAAAAACUUUAGUACUUGUGUUA